UUACGGUUGAAAGGAUAAAUUGUUUGUAAUGCGCAGAGCUUGCGAAGCUUCCAUUAUCCGAUGCAACCUGUUAUCCAAACGGUUCCGUUUCCCGGCAGCCUCUAAUAAACCGAACUUCCACGCGAAACGAAACGAAAACAGAAACGACCGCAAUUUAAGGAGAUAACGUUAUUCCGGCGAAUUCGUUGUUAUAUAUGUACAUAUUAGUACACGUUUGCGAGUGGCAUAAACGCGGAAACGUUGAAAAUCGUGGAAAGGGUGCAUCCAGCCGUUGCGUUGGUUGCCAAUCUUGGUAACCGUACACCCGGUACUCUCAUUUACAUGGAGAUGUCCCAGACGUUUGUGAAGCGUCUGUGCAUGAUCAAGGACCGUCCGUUCCUCGUUUGUCGUUGUCGAAGGGACUGCAACAAGGGUUGAGACGCGGCACAUUAAAGGGGAAACCUAAGGGAUGUACAUCUCGGGUUUAGAAUUGAAUUAAAUUGCGGCGAAUAACGGAUAUUCGAUAUUCCAUCUUGCAAAUCUCUCCGAAAUUUGAUCAGCAAUCGAUGGUAAAAAUAUUCGAUUGCCUCACCGCGAAUUCGUCGAUGAAACGCAAGGCGGUAGUAAAAGGACGGUAAGUGGGUUGCAGCGAGAAGCAAUGGAGUUGCUUUCUUUUCCCAUCGGUCAGUCAAAGAGCAUGGCUCUAAGCGAGUGGUACGCGGAUCGCGAGCUGCUCCUAACCGGAGUGACCAGUGAUUUCGGACGAGCUCUCCUCGAAAAGAUUCUUCGUUCGUUUCCGAACGCGAAGGUGUACACGGUGCUCAGAUCACGGAACGGCUUGGAUAAAGAGGACAGAAUCAGGAAUAUCUUUCUAUCGCCUCGGUUCGAGAGGGUUAGGCAGGAGUUGCCUGAUGCGAUUUCUCGCGUAAAAGCGUUCGAGGGUAAUCUAGUGUACGAUGGACUGGGCACGAUGAAGGAAGACAGGAAGCUUUUGCAAAACGUCAGCGUGGUGUUGCACGCGGGUGGACCGUGCCAAAAGCUGUUCGAGUUUUGCCAAAAGUUGCCGCGUUUGGAAGUGGCAGCGAUCGUCUCGAGCGUUUUUCACCAAGAGGGUAGAACGAGCGAAGGGUCGAGAGAGGAGGACGUAGCGAAUGUACCUGUGGCUUUCUUGAGGCUUCCUUUGAUCGGUCCAGCUUAUCGCGAGCCUAUGCCCGGUUUCGUUGAUGUACUUACAGGACCGACUGCCCUGAUUGUAGGAGCGGGUUUCGCCCUUGGCAAGUCUCAGUUGCGAGCAGAAAUCAUACCGAUCGAUUUGGCGGUGAACAGUCUGAUCGUUUCUGCUUGGGAACGAGCCACCAUAAAGAACGUUCAAGAGACGGUGGUGUACAACGCGAUACCCGUCGACUGCACUUGGGCCGAGUUGAUUAAGAAAGGUCGACGAGGCAACCGAAAGUUUACAUAUCCGACUUUUGGACUUCGCGGAAUGACGUCUAUAGCGGGGCUUCACUGGAUUCUGGUGUUGCUGUUUGAAUGGCUGCCAUCCGCAUUCUGCGACACGAUUCUCAGCCAGCUCGGAGCAAAGAAGAGGCUUCUCGAGGAGCAACGAAGAGUUCGUAAUGCGCUUCGAUCCCUCGAGUCAAUUUCAUCGAGGUCGUGGUCAGCAGAGAGGAAUCGCUUGUACCUGCUUCACCAACGUCUCAGCUCGGAGGAGCAAGAUGCAUUUCCGGUUGCCGCGGAAAUCGACGUCGAGAGUUACGUUCUGUGCGCGACCGCAGCAGCGAGGAAGUAUUGCGUGGACGAUAGCAAUAUCGGAAUCGUGAAAAUCUUUCGGCUACUUUUCUUCCUUUCUAUCGCCGUCGCUUUUCUCUCCAUGUUUUUCUUUAAUAAAUAUCGAACGUCCGAAACGGUCACGCGACGCGAAAUCGAACAAUUUUAAUCUGUUAACUGUUCUAAUCAAAGGGAUCUUUCUACUGUAUAUAGUAACAAGAAAGUAAUACGAUUUUAUUGCACGGUGGGCAUAAGAUUCGAUACGUCCGUAAUUUUAUAAAUUUUCUAACAAAAACACAGGCACGUAAUGAGUUUUAAAGUCGCAAAUUAAACAGAAACUUCCAUACGGUACGUUCUGCCUUGUAAAAACAGAACUACCUAACGAGCUUUGAAACCUAAAAUCGAAGAGAAAUAUCCACACGGUAGAUUCUACUCGUUAAAAUAUCGAAGCAAUUUCCCACCCCCCUGAAUGUUCCUUCCCGUUUCCCGUAAAAAAGAAGACAUCAUUUACGAACGGAAAUUCACUCGCCCUUUUUCCUAGCUCGCUUCCCAAUGUAACCGUAUAAUAACAGCAGGAUCUAACGAGUUAAUUUGAAUGCUGCCCUCGACGAGAACGGUCAACGGUAUUGCUUAAACUGCUGGCCGAAUAAUUGGAGGAAAAGUUUGCACAGAGGGAGAGAGCUGCAGCAACGUUUCAUCAACUUUCCUUCUCCCUCGUCUCCCUUCACCUUUUUACCCAUCAAUUCGGUCGUGCCGUUUUAAUUGGUUCCGUUUCGCGUUCGCCCGACCAGCUCGCAUAUAAUUUUCAAACAUGUUUACAGUACCUUUUGAACUGCACAAUUUUCAUUAAGCCGGAAAACAGGUGUUCGUAGAAGGUGAAGAGUCGUUGACGUUUUAAACGUGUCCGAGUCGAAUGGCACGCGAGACCAUUUACGUAAAAUUGGAAAGCGUUUCGAGACACCUUCGCCGAGAAAGCGUUCUCGUAACGUUCAGUAACGCGGAUCAGAUUUUAAUCUCGAGUCUAUCCACGUCCGGUGUUAUUAGUCCCACGAUCCUGUAACGCGUUGUUUACCUUCCUUCGGUUCCUUUUUCUCUGACUUUCGACUGGCAACGAAAUGUCAUCGGCCUCUGUUUAACAAUCCGCUACGAAAGGUAGAAAUAUUCGUCCGUAAAGGUUGAUGAAUUCUAAAAGCAAGACAUUGGGCACGACGAUCGAUGACGAAAGGUCGAUAUGGAUAUACAUUUCACGGAUGCGUUGGUAUUCAAAAUACCGAAUGUAUAAAUAUGGCAGCAGUUGAGUGGAGUGCAUGGCAAAUAUUCGUGAGAAUUGUGCAAGGCGUCUGCAUACCAGAGACAGAAUGAUAUUCUGGCGAAAGUUCGCCGAGGAACAUCAGCUUGCCUCCAGAAGAACCAAAGAACGCGAUAUCUCUUGCAUCUUUCUUUUUUACUUUGACCUUUCAGCCUUUCUCUUCUGAAUCGAAAAACAUGAAAUUCGGCAUGAAUUUAUAACGAUGCGCGCACCGUUCGGACUGUGAAAGUAAAUUCUUUAGAUAUUCUUUAAAAGGUAUUAAGCAGCAUGUUAAAUUUACUCGGCUAAUGAGAUUGUAUUAACAAGUAUUAUAACCAGCGUUAUAACGUUUGCAACACGAUCAAAUAAUCGUGUUUCACGAACAUUAUGUAAACCGAGAAAAAGUUCAAACUCCCAGAUGCUCGUUAUCGGAAAAACUCUAAGCUAGAAAGAUUAAAAGAAACCGCAUGAAAAUUCUUGCUGGGAGAAUAAAAUAAUAUGGUUGAGAGUGAUUAAGAUAAAAGUACGUAGAAAUGUAUAUAUAUGUAAAAUAAAACGGUGGUAAUGUUCGUAGAAAUAA